AUGAUAAAUAAGAAGUUAUUGAAUAAUGUUGAGGCACACAGUGGUCGAAUAACAGGGUUAUGUGCUCUGAACUUGAAUAUUCUAACUUCAGGAUGGGAUUCUAAUAUCAAUAUCUGGAGUAAAGGGUUGGUUCGUUUAAGUCAGAUCUUCUUAAACUAUGUUCCCAUCAACUGUAUUUGCCUUCAUCCCUUCAAGAAUAGUGUAGUUGUUGGCAGUUGGGACAAGUCUAUUCGGAUAUUUGAUAUCGACUCAAAGGAACAAAAAGCCAAGUUGACGGGUGCAUCUAGCAUACAGAAGAUUGCUCUUUCAGAAGAUGCAACUAAGAUAGCUGCAGGUACCCUGUGUGGCAAGGUUGAGCUAUGGGAUGGUAGGAAGGGUGUUAAGAUUUCAUCUCUCAAUACAGGUUCUUCUAUCACAGCUUUAGAAUUCUCAUCUCAAGCUAGACUUCUUAUUGGGGAUUCUACUGGAAAAAUAACAGGAGUGAAUUACAAUGAGGGAUCCCGUGUAACAGCCCCUGAGUAUCCGUUUCAACUACCAAUGUAUUCAAGCUUCUCAGAACAGUAUAACACUCAGAACAUUCAGGAGCAAACAUCACUCAAGAGAAACAUUUCUGCACUAACAGUUGCAGCUCAUGAAACAUUUAUUCUUGGGUUUGACAACGGAGACGUAAUGUUCUAUCAACAAGAAGAGAGUUCAGAAUGUUAUAAAGGGUUUGGUUGGCAUUUUGCUGAUGAACCAAUUGCAGAGAUUGGUCACAGGUUGGACUUUGCGCUAGAGAUCUCGGAUUGGUCACUUCUAGAUGAUCAGGAACUUGGAGCUUUUUUUGUACGAUCCAGGAGUUCAGUUUCAGUCCACAGCCUACGCUCUAGGGUGUGCUUAUACCUGGAGGGUAUUGAAUCUGAGAUAGUUGGAGUACUACUCACAGAGAUCAAGUUUGAUCCACAUAUUCUGGUUAUUCUUGAGUCUGAGAUUCUAGUUUAUCCUGCAGUGCAGUUUGGUCUAUCCAACCGGAAUAUGUUUAAUAAUGUUUUACCACUAAAUUUAUGCUUCAGCUGGUAA